CAAUGGUAGACAGUCACUAAAACAGAGGGGUAUUACAUUAGCCUCUUGGACCAUUUCCCUGUUGCCUCAGCUAGACUAUUGAACUCCACACAUACACCAAUGGCUCUGUACUUUGUUUACCCUGAUCCACCUAUUCACAGGGAAUCCCUGUAACCCAGAGCCGACCAUUGUUUAGCUCUAAUUCACUCGCGUUGCUUUUGCUGUCUAAGCAAAUUAGCUGCCUCAUGGAAAAAAAGGGCGAGAGGGAAAAUCAGUUUAGUACGGGGGGAUUGGAAGGGGAGGGAGUAAAUUUGGUGGGCUUUUGAACACAGGAAUCUAGUUUUAGUUUCUCUUCUGCUCUCCACCGGACAGAUGCGGUGAAUUACAACUGUUCCCAGAUCCCGGACCUCCCAGAACUGAACUCCCAAACUCCCGUCUCAGCUUCAGGGGAUCAACAACCGCCAAGAAAAUCUGCAUUAUACGCCAUGGAGAUCAGUGUCGAAAAGGACCGGAAAACGGGUACCACCAAGAUCCUCUCGGCCUCAGCAGUCAGCCCGCGGGAUGCUCACCAGAGGGGCGUCAAAGUCUACGACGACGGCCGCAAAGUGAUCUACGAGGUGCGUUCUGGGGGAUCUACUACACUGGAGAACGGUACGCACCCCUGGAGUCCCGGCGAGGUGGACAAACUCAUGCAGCAAGUCGGCAAGACCCAACAACGAAGUGACGGCGCCCGGGUCACUGUCACACCGGCUGAGCCCCAGCCAAUGGGAGGACAGUUGAGCUCCAAGGAGGCCAAGCAAGAUCAAAAACAAUCUCCUAGGAAAGGCUACGAAGGCGAGGUCACGGAGACUCCUCAGGCCUCAGCCGACAAACCAGUGACCAUGAUCUUCAUGGGCUACCACAGCGUCGAGGACGAGGAGGAAUCCAAGAAGCUGCUUGGCUUUGAUGGCACCAUCAAGGCCGAGAUCGUCCUCAUCGACGAGGACGAUGAGAAAUCUCUCCGGGAGAAGACCGUCACUGAUAUCUCCACCAUCGACGGCAACGCCGCAGACCUCGUGUCGGGCCGGCCUCAGUCCGACACCACCGAACUGUCUUCAGAAGGCAAAGAUGAAAGCUCGACCAAGGAACUGCCACCCACAGGCGGGGAGAAGGCACGUUCAGUACUGCUGACGCCAGAGAACGGAUUGUAUCCUACAGCCACAGCACGAUCUGCUCACCCUCUGAAGUCCCCUGUACACUCAGAGGAUGACAGUGAGCUGAAAAGAGAGAGAAGCCUGAAGACUGUGAGUUUUUUCGAUUCUGUAAGUGUGAUAUCCAGUGGUGAGAGCAGUAUGGAGCUUGAAGUUCAGACAGAGACCCAGCAAAGUUAUGUGAGCAGUGGGCAGAACAGAGUGAGACAUGGAGGAGAAGGGCUGGACAGUGAAGUUGCCAAGGAAAUCCUUUACCUUGAUCAGGUCCUUGAGGACAACAGUUGUGAUCCCAGGGCAGAAAUGACUUCAAAUGGGACAAGUUCCCCUGAUAUUAAGUCAGUUAGAGUUCAUGGAACUGGACCAUCUGUGAAUACUUGUGACCCAUCUCCCUUACACAACCAUGACAUUGUUUUAGAAGGGAAAAAACAGACCACUUUUGUUGAUGAUAAUUUCAACACCAAACCAAAUGGUCAUGCGAUGGACUGUACAAGGACACCUGAGUCACCUAGGACAGCAAUCAAGAAAGAGGCACGUUUUGAGCUCCGACCUUUUCAUGAAGAGAAGAAACCAUCAAAACUAUUUGACCCCCCAACUGAGAAAGAAGUUCGGGUGAAGAAAGUCAGACCCUCGGAGGAGAUUGCAGAGCUAGAGAAGGAAAGGCUGGAACUCAUCCGGGGUCAAGCAGUCAAGAAAAAUCCUGGAAUUGCAGCAAAAUGGUGGAACCCACCUCAGGAAAAGACACUGGAAGAGGAGCUGGAGCCGGAGCAACUGGAGUCUCUUCGAAGAUAUGUGGAGAGGAAGCAGAUGAGAACAGAAGCCAACCGCAUACCACAAGCUGCACCCAGACAGACAACUUCCUUUAUCCAAACUGAAAUAGAAAAUAGGGAGGAUGUUGUCAUGGAAGAGAUUGACUUUUCUGCAGCACGCAAGCAAUUUCUGCAGAUGGAACAUAGCAAGCAGCCCACAGCCCCUAAGAGGAAUGUGGCACCCCAGCUUUACUCUGCCAAACCUUUCUUCAGGACUCCAGAGGUCACACACAUAGAGAGGCCAUGCAGUUCUGUCACAGUUGCCAAUCAAGAAGUGGUCACAUCCUACGAUGAAAGUGAAGUUACUACAGUCAAAGCUGAAAAGAUUUACUGCUUCUCUGGAGAAUCUGCCAGACCACCCAAAGAUGGUUUGGCUCAGAAUGAGUUGAAAUAUGAUGAAUUUACUUGUGCCCGGGCAGUGAUGACUAUUGUAAAGGAUGAGGAUUCUUAUUUGUGUCAACACUCUUUGAACAGCUCCUACCAUACGGAAGAAAUCGACUCUGGGUUAGAUGAUCUAUCCCUACGGUCUCAGGACACAACUAUACUUGGGACGCUCUCCAAUGACUUCAGUAUGGACAACAUAAGUGACAGUGGUGCGUCAAAUGAGACCAUGAGUGCCUAUUUGGAAAACUCUCUUGGGGAAUACUCUUUUCCCUCAACCCCAAUGGCCACUACACCAAUUAAUGGAAAACAUGAAAGUGGAAUCAAAUCUCCAGAUGAGCAGAGUGGGUCUUAUCAGGCAUAUGGCUUGACAGAAGAAGAGCUGGAAUACCAUGCUGGUAUUCUUGUCCAAAAUGCUGUCCAGCAAGCCAUUGCUCAGCAGAAUGACAAAUGGGAGCAUCUUCAGGCCACACAACAUUCGUCCCCCAUUCUUGAGAGACAUGUAGAAAGUACUGAACCACAACCCCAACCCCUAGUGGAGAGAUCUGCUGUCAUGCCACCUCCCAAAGUGCCAUCCCCCCUGGAGGAGAAGAAAACAAUUGCUCCUCAGAUAACUGUAGUUCAAGCUGCCCCAGUUAUCCCAGUGAACACUUACAAACCUCCCAGUCCCUCUCCACCACCAAGUGAGAAACCAGAAUUCAGCUAUUUCAGUAAGUACUCUGAAGCAGCAGAGCUCAGGAGCACCGCAGCUGUCACUCGUGCUAAGGAAACGGAAGUCACCUCAGGACCGUUCAAGCUGCGUUCACGCAAACAGAGAACCCUGUCCAUGAUCGAAGAGGAGAUUCGGGCGGCCCAAGAACGCGAGGAAGAGUUGAAGAGACAACGACAUGCACAAACACUGCACCUGCCCCGUACACAGAAGCUGAAGACCAGCACCCAGCCAAACAAGCUGGUCCUUGCUGGGAAGACAGCACCAGGUAAGAUAGAGAAGGUUCGUCAAGUUCCUCCAGCUUCGCCGUGCUCUUCAGAUGGAGCUCUGCCCUCGCCGCUGUCUGAUCUGGGCAGUGAUGAUUCUGGAGGACAGCGACCCAAGAACUUCAUGCAGACUUUGAUGAAGGACUACGAGACACACAAGGUCAAGCGCCGAGAGAAAACUGAGGACAACAGUGUUCUGGAGGCAACACGUGUCACUCGAAGAAAAAGUAACAUGGCUCUCCGGUGGGAGGCGGGAAUCUACACCAACCAAGAAGAGGCUGAGGAAGAGGAGGAGGAGGAGGAGGAGGAAGAGUAAACCAAACUUUCAGAGAGAAAAACCAGAGGGAAAAUAUGCAGCAGGACAAACACAAGUAUUUAUUGGGAAUUCAAACCUCUCUGAAGAUUUGUUUCUGGAGCCUAUGGGGAAAAAAAACCUUCUCUUGACAUUGAAGACUAGAGAUACUAUACCGCUUCACAUUUCCACUACCAAGUUAUUGCUUUUUCUUUUGUGCUGAUAUGUUUUGAGAAAGUGGAAUAUGCAAAGACGAGCAUCGAGGAUUUUUGGCAUUAAUGUAAGAUUGGUGUGAACUAAGAACAUAUUGCAUUUGGACUUCACAUACAUAGAGAUGUUAUUGUGUGGCUAAGGACUUUGGAAAAAGAAUGGUAAAUAUGGGAUAAUAUUAUGUUAUUAGUAGGAGGAGCUUGGAUAUAGAUGAUAGCGUGCUGACUGAUCUGAUUUCUAGCUAGAUUAUUGACAUUUCGACUCUGGUUUGAUCAGGAUUGGUGCCAUGUAUAUGAGUUCAGCCGUGAGCCCAUUUAGAAAGCAGAACUACACAAAUGUGUCUUGCAGUGUCCGAAAGGGCAAAAUACUGUUAUUUGUUUUCCUGAUCAGCCUGUAGGGAUAACAAAUCGUUGUUCAGAGAGAUCAUUCAGCGAGAAGCUUUAAUGAAGAGGACAAAUGAAUGUAGGGCACAAAUAUUCACACCCUUGAAAGAGGUUUGUAAGAGCAGACUCUUCGCCCAGACCGAUAUAACAAUAAA